UACCCUUGGAGUACGUGGCUUAAUACAAGCCACCUAAAGACAUGCAAAAUCAAGACCCUCCUUGAAAAAGUUAAGUUUAGGCCGUACUUACGAUGGAAAAAAACAACACAAAAGAUCUAUCCCCAUUAUCCUCAAUAAAUCCCAGCCCUCCAUUGCCACCCAUCCAACGGUUUACAUUUCCUAAAAUCACAUAACCAUAUCCAACAAAAUCACGUCCACUCAUAAAAACACCAAAUCUUUAUCAUUCUUGAUCAUCUUCUAUCCUCGAGAAUAUCGAAAAUGGCCUCUAUUGCCCUCAAAUCCUUCAUCGGACUCCGCCAAAUCACAUCGGAAAACAAAUCAAUAGUUCUAACGAAACCCAACACCCAAACCUACCAUAAAAUCCGUAUAAAUGCCUCAAAAACCAGCCCAAGAGUCAACGGAAGGAACCUCAAAGUUGCGGUGGUGGGAGGUGGCCCGGCAGGUGGAGCCGCAGCGGAGACACUCGCUAAAGGUGGCAUAGAGACGAUCCUGUUCGAACGGAAGCUUGACAACUGCAAGCCAUGUGGUGGUGCUAUCCCACUUUGUAUGGUGGGGGAAUUUGACUUGCCACUGGAUAUUAUCGACCGUAGAGUCACUAAAAUGAAGAUGAUUUCACCGUCUAAUGUGGCUGUUGACAUUGGCCGGACCCUUAAGCCCCAUGAAUAUAUAGGGAUGGUCCGCCGUGAAGUCCUCGAUGCCUACCUCCGUGACCGCGCCGCCACUGCCGGAGCCACCGUGAUUAACGGCCUGUUCUUGAAAAUGGACCUGCCCAAAUCCACAGGUUCUUCCUAUGUGUUGCAUUACUCGGAUUACAACGCCAAAACCGGUGGCGCCGGUGAGAAAAAGACAAUGGAGGUCGACGCCGUCAUCGGCGCCGACGGUGCUAAUUCCCGUGUGGCAAAGAACAUAAACGCCGGUGAAUACGAGUACGCCAUUGCAUUUCAAGAACGCAUUAAAAUCUCCGAUGACAAGAUGAAGUAUUACGAAAAUCUAGCUGAAAUGUACGUAGGCGAUGACGUUUCACCUGAUUUUUACGGCUGGGUUUUCCCAAAAUGUGACCAUGUAGCUGUUGGCACAGGCACAGUAACCCACAAAGGCGACAUCAAGAAACUCCAAAUUGCCACAAGAUUGAGAGCCAGGGACAAAAUUGAAGGAGGAAAAAUCAUAAGAGUGGAGGCACAUCCUAUACCAGAGCACCCCCGGCCGAGGCGAGUACUCGACCGAGUAGCUCUGGUCGGGGAUGCAGCCGGGUAUGUGACGAAAUGCUCCGGCGAGGGGAUAUAUUUUGCGGCCAAGAGUGGAAGAAUGUGUGCAGAGGCAAUAGUUGAAGGAUCGGAAAAUGGGAAAAGAAUGGUGGAUGAGAGUGAUCUGAGGAAGUAUUUGGAGAAAUGGGACAAGACAUAUUGGCCUACAUACAAGGUUUUGGAUGUUCUUCAGAAGGUGUUUUACAGGUCGAAUCCGGCGAGGGAAGCAUUUGUAGAAAUGUGUGCAGAUGAAUAUGUGCAAAAAAUGACAUUUGAUAGCUAUUUGUACAAGAGAGUGGUGCCUGGGAAUCCACUUGAUGACUUGAAAUUGGCUGUGAAUACAGUUGGGAGUUUGGUGAGGGCUAAUGCACUUAGGAGGGAGAUGGAGAAGCUAAGUGUAUAAGGAAAUUAAUUGUGUUAUGAGGGUUAUUAUUUUUGAUAUGUUACUGAAAGAUUUUAUUUUAAGAUAUGACAAUGUAUGAAGGAUCAUGUGUUGCUACCAUCUGAUUAACUUUCAGGAAUCCAUUUGCCAAAAUUUA